AUGGCUUUUACCGAUGAUGCCGUUAAAGCAAAGCUCUCGGCUUUGAAUGAGUCGCAGGAGAGCAUCGUUACUGUCGCUCAGUGGGUCAUGUUCCACAGGCGCCAUGCCGAACGAACUGGACAAAUCUGGCUUCACAAGAUUCGCGACUCUCCGCCUCCUAAGCGCCUCAAUCUGAUUUACCUCGCCAAUGGUGCGCAUGCAUACACAGAGGUGGCGCAACAAUCCAAAGCGCGUGGAAAAGAUGAUUUCCUAAUCGCCUUCUCUCCGAUCAUUGUGGAGGCUACGUCAACGGCUUACAAGGGCGCAUCGCAUGACUAUCAACAGCGAAUUCGCCGGGUUAUUGAAGUUUGGAGACAGCGCAAUGUUUUUGAGGGACCAAUUCUUGAUGCAGUGGAAGCUCGUGUAGAUGAAAUCGACAAGAGUCGCUCCACCACCAAGAAACCGACUCUCGGAGGCUCAUUCUUCAAGCAUCCUUCCGAGGGCAUAACCCCGUCGGAGCUGCGGCCACUUGUUCCAUUGCAGAUUGCUCUCACCAAGGCCACCGUCAACUCUAACACGUCCAAUGCUGCGGCCACUUCGGAACACGAUAAGCUGCAUGACCCCAAGUCCCCACAACCCACCUUGCCUGUCCAUGCCGCACGUCUGAGCCAACUCUUGAAGACGCUCGCCAAUGCAGAGAACUCAGUGUCUGAGGUCAUCAAGUCGCGCCGUGCCCUGAUCGACGGACUCGAAAAAUUCCUCGAAACCAACCGCGCGGAGCUGGCGAAGGAAGAGAGUCUCGGUGCAGAGCUCGCCCAAAAGAAGAAUGCCGCAGAUGCCAAAAAGCGUGAGGUUGAAGACGCGAUCAUGAGCGGUCUCUCCAAUGAAGACGUCUCCACAAGCGACAACAACAACGGACACAACGAUGCAUCCGUCCGUCCAGAAGUCGAGGCUCUGACUCCUCCCCCAGUGGAGGCUAUCACGCCGGUUGGAUCCCCGCAGCCAGAAAAGCAAUCUAUUCGCCGUGGCCCUUUCACUGAAGAUGCCGACGACGAUACUACAGAAUGGCCGAACAUGGAUACAAUCCACAACGUUGAACAAUCUGGCAAUGGUGCUUCGGUUAAUGCGCAAGACAAUGGGCAUGCCAAGAGACGCAAAAUAUCGCACGGCGAGGAAGAUUAUGCGGCUUUCGCUGGUGGCGACCUGGAUCCUGAUUUGGCUGAUUUGGUCAAUCAGGGUCAACAGUAG